UGACGCUAUUGCUGCCUUGGACCAGCUGAUGCUGAGGCUGUACUGAGCGCGGAGCGAUGGGCAGAACUGUUGAUGUCGCGUGGACGAUGUAGACCCUUAUUCCCCCUGUAUUCCCGCGGACCUGCUUAAACCCCCCCAAACUGAGGAUCCCGGUUCCACGAUGGGGAUGACUUCUGAGCACCCUAGCGCGCGAGUACGGAGGCCCGAGCAGGACAAAAGGGUAUGAGUGUAGAGAUCGGUUGGAAGUGGCAGCAGCGGCAGCAGCAGCAGGCUCCGUUGGACCCCGGCGAGAGCGGCGAAGUGAGUCAGAGCUAAUAAAAGCGAGGAGGUGGCAGACACACAGUGAAGGACGGCGAGGAAAAACCGACGCGAGAACCGCAAGGAACAAACGCCAGAGCUCGAGAAGAGCUGGAGCAGAACAAGAGCAGAGGAGGAGCUGGGGGACAGGAGCAUGGUGGAGGUGGCGAUGGGACGGGCUGAGGCUGCGACGGCCGUACCUCCUCUCCUGGACGCCGGCCUGCGGAGUGGGCGGGUGUGUUGACCAAUCAGGGGACGUUGUCGUGUGCGCUGCCCAGACGGAGCCGCUCAUUACCCCUGCUGGACGAGACACCCCCCCCCCCUGUGAUGUGAUGAAUAAGUUUGAGGUCCUUGGCAUCGUCGGGGAAGGGGCGUAUGGAGUGGUGCUUAAGUGCCGGCAUAAGGAAACCAAUGAACUGGUGGCCAUCAAGAAGUUCAAGGACAGCGAAGAGAAUGAGGAGGUCAAGGAGACCACGCUCCGGGAGCUCAAGAUGCUGCGCACCCUGAAGCAGGACAACAUCGUGGAGCUGAAGGAGGCCUUCCGCCGUCGCGGGAAACUCUACCUCGUCUUCGAAUAUGUGGAGAGGAACAUGCUAGAACUCCUAGAGGAGCUACCCAAUGGGGCGCCCCCUGAUAAGGUCCGCAGCUAUAUCUACCAGCUGAUCAAGGCCAUCCACUGGUGUCACAAGAACGAGAUCGUCCACAGAGAUAUCAAGCCUGAAAACCUGCUCAUCAGCUCUGAGGAUGUCCUCAAACUCUGUGAUUUCGGCUUUGCUCGUAACCUGUCAGAAGGGACAGACGCCAACUACACUGAGUAUGUUGCAACAAGAUGGUACCGUUCUCCUGAACUGCUGCUCGGCGCUCCAUAUGGGAAGGCGGUGGACAUGUGGUCGGUGGGGUGCAUUCUGGGGGAGCUGAGCGACGGCCAGCCCCUGUUCCCUGGGGAGAGUGAGAUAGACCAGCUCUUCACCAUCCAGAAGGUUCUUGGGCCACUCCCCGCUGAGCAGAUGAAACUCUUCUACAACAACCCACGCUUCCAUGGAAUCAGGUUCCCCUCGGUGUCUCACCCCCAGACGUUGGAGAGAAGGUACCUGGCCAUCCUGAGUGGCCUCAUGUUGGACCUGAUGAAGAACUUGUUGCUGCUGACUCCGCUGAGCGUGGCGGGGAUGCCCCCCAACCACACGCUGCCGUCCCCCCACGAGUCCUACCACUACGGGCUGGGCUACACCUCGCCCUUCUCCUCCCAGCAGCGGCCCCACCGCCACUCCAUGUACGCGCGGCGGGAACGCCAGCGGCCCCACGCGGCCGAGCCCACCAUGGGCACGCUGCCCCCCCCGGGCCAGGGCCUGGCCACCCGGGCCAGCAGCCUGCAGCUGCUGUCCCCCCAGCUGCACCACCGCACCGCGCUGGCCGGGCACUCCGUCAGCUCCUCCCGGGAGGACUGCAACGACGACACCAUGACCCGGACUCAGCAGUCCCCUAAAGACAUGAGCCGCACUUGUGCGCCUCUCAAAGAUUCGGCGAGGGACAACGCAGUCACUGCUUUUCAUGUUCAGCGACCAAUAAACGAGGGGGGGAUGUAUCAUGACUACCACGGAGAUGACGGGGGUUCCUCCAAGGAGAACCGUAUGAUCUUCAGUGAGUCCAUGCCGCGCAGAGUCGGCAGCUUCUACAGAGUGCCCUCCCCCAGACCGGAUAACUCCUCCUCCUUCCACGAUGCCGUUGCCCUGGGCCGGGGUCCGGUCGUACCAGUUGUACCUGGGGACCCGGUUGCCAUGGUGAACCACUCUAAACGCCAGACUGCUUUUGACUGGUCUACGGCUGAAGCCAUGGUCAUGAAUCCUCCAGAGCCCGUCAAGGAGAAGGAGAAACAGGGCUUCUUCAGGGCCAUGAAGAAGAAAAAGAAGAAGACACAAAUGACGGACAUGGAAGAAGGGAGGAACCCCAGCAUCAGGAAGAGCCUGUUCCCCCUCUUUAGCUCUAAGAAUAGCCUAAAGCACAGCGCGGCGGCCAAAGCGCUGCCCGUAGUGGCGUCGCCCAUGGUACAACACCAGCCCAACGCAGCCUACCCCGCCUCUCCAGUCAGCGGUAACGGCCAGGAACACCUCUCCCUCCAGAGGGGCAGCAAGUCCUCGUCCCACCACAGCGGCCGCAGGAAAACCCGCGAGCGCUCCAGAGACCGCGACCGCGAACAGAGUCGAGACCGCGACCGGGAGAGGGAGAGGGAGCGGGAGAGAGAGAGGGACAGCAGGGGGAGAGAGAGGGAGAGGGUCGGGGAGUGGCCAACCGAGAAGCCCGUGGACUCCCACUCCCAGAGCCAACCGCUGAGGUCCCUCCGCCGGCUGCUCCACCUCUCCCCCUCCUCCACCCAGCCCCAGGUGCCUCCACCGCCUCCCCCAGACCUGCGCUUCCAGCAGACCCUCCCCAACCUCCCUGCCUCCUCCAAAGGGGGGUACCCCUCCGACGGCAGGGGCCACACAGACGGCAGGGGCCACCAGGACAGCAGGGGCCUUCAAGAUAACCGGGGCCACACGGAACCCAGGGGCCACACGGAACCCAGGGGCCACACCGACCUUAGGGGUCACACAGACCUUAGGGGCCACACAGAUCCCAGAGGCCACCCGGACCCCCGGGGAAACCCUGACCCUAGGAGCCACCCUGAUCCUAGGGGCCACCCUGACAACAGGGGCCACAAAGACCCUCGAGGACUUCAAGAUAACAGAGCCCACACUGAGCCUAGGGGCCACUCUGACCCUAGGAGCCAUUCGGACUCCCGGGUCCUCCAAGAUAACAGGGGCCACCAAGAUAACCGGGGUCUUCAAGAUAACAGGGGCCACCAAGAUAACAGGGGCCACACUGAGCCUAGGGCCCACACAGACAACAGAGCCCACACAGACCUCAGGGCCCACACAGAUAACAGAUCCAACACUGAGCCUAGGGGCCACUCCGACCCCAGGGCCCACUCUGACCCCAGGGCCCACUCUGACCCCAGGGCUCACACCGACCCCCGGUCCCACACAGACCCCAGGGCCCACACGGACCCCCGGUCCCACACGGACCCCCGAUCCCACGCCGACAACAGGGGCCACACAGACAGCAGGGGCCACCCAGAGAGCAGGGGCCACCCAGAGAGUAGGGGCCACUCUGGAGUCAGUAACUCUUCCCAGGCCAAGAGCCGCAAGCCCAGCUACCCCAUGCCGGGGCAGAUCGAGUCCAGCUGGCACGCGUCGGCCCUGCAACGGGCCGAGGGGGCGCAGUACACGCCGGAGCAGCUGGGCAUCAAACCCGGACAGAACGGACCCACGUUUACGCGCGCCUCCCGUCCCAGGAUGCCAAACCUCAACGACCUGAAAGAGACGGCACUGUGAAACGGCCGGACAUCCGCACACUUCGCUCCCUCUCUCCCGAUAUUUGAGUGUCUGUAGACGGCAGAGGCCUAGCUCGCUACGGCUAGCGUUUACAUCGCAGUGAACCUUGAGAUCCCUCAAGUCAACCGCUCAGAGAAGACAAAUAUCUCCAAAUAUUGUAUCUCCACACUUCAUUGUUUGAUGAGGGAGUAGUCCAGCGGGACUCUUAAGGUAAGGUAUGAAUGACAGUACAGUUUAUUCACCUCAGUGUUGCAGCAGUUUGUAUGUACUUAACUCUCUACAGAUAUUUAAUGGUGUUACAUCAGAGGACAAGGACAAGAUGGCGUGGAAUCUGCCCGUCUUCAGUCGCAGAGACACUGCCCAUUCUGGACUCUAUGCUGCCGUCUGCUGGUUCAUAACAGCUACUGCAGCGCAUCAGAGCUAAUGGUCUGAAGUGACCCAGAAUGUUGUGUGCGUGUGUGCGUGUGACUGUGUGCGAGCGUGCGUGUGUAUAUGUUUUUCAAAGUCAAAUAUUUGCUAAUAAGAAAGAAAAAUAUAUAUAUAUCAACAUAAUUUAUGAAAUAUUUAUUUGUUUUCAACUUAAGGAUAUAAGCUAUAAAUGACACAGUAUGUAGGCUACAUGGAAAAUUAAAAAAUUAAAAGGUAUUAUAGAGUUAUUGUGUAAUUGCAAGAGCUAUAGACACAAAAAGAUAUGCAUAGAUAUUCAUGUGUUUAUAAUUCAAUAUGUCACAAGAGAAAUAUAAUGGUGAAUGGCUUUUUUUGAUUACCACAAUUUAAUAUUAUUAUAACAGUAUCAAUGUUAUUUUUCAGUUGGUUAAUAUGUACAAAAUAUCAAGAACAUUUUUCUAAGUGGAUGAGAUUUGUUCCCUGUGAGAAUCACUCCCCACUUUCUAAGAUACUGUAAUAUUCCUUUUAUUAUAACAGUGAAGAUACUGUAAUAGUCCUUUAUUAUUACAGUGAAUCAGACUUUUUUGUUAUGCUAUCAUUGUCACAUGUUUACACUUUAUAGCUUUCCGACCUAUCUUUUGCCUUCAAAAUACUUUUUUUUUUAAAUUCCAUUCAUCUAUCGGUCUAUCAAGGGUCUAUCAGGAUGUGUUGCGCAUGAACAGGGCAUUAUAAUGGAAAUACUCAUAAAAGUGACCCCUCAAACAUAAACACAUGUGCACAUGCACGGUAACACACACACACACACACACACACACACACACACACACACACACACACACACACACACACACACACAAACACACCUAUAUCUUUUUGUUCCUUCUGCAACAAUCCACCAUCUAUAUCAAGCAUUCAAGGGGGUUAUUUCUGUAUAAAAUGGAAAUGGUAACGUUCAGGUAUAAGCUCAACGAAGGCGGGACUUUUGAGUUAGGGAUGGUCAUGGUAGAGAUGAGAUGGUCGAGUUCAGGUACGGUAUGUGUGGUUAGGACAGUGUGGGUUAGAGGUGAGGCGGUGAAGUUCAGGUUUUGGAUCUUUAACGGUUUGGUUGGUAUGUGUAUUUGGUUAGAGAUGGUUAUGUAUUAGUUGAAGGAUGUUUAGAGAUCUAAGCAUUGGGUUGAACAUUACAAAAAGUUCAGUGGCAGAUUGUUAUGAUGACCUGUGGUUAAGUUCAAGCCUAGGUAUUGGGUAAAGAUGGUUAUGUUGAACGUGAUUAAGAUUGGGUUAAGGGUCUGGAGGAGAGUGAUGUAUCAUGAGAAUAAAUACCAGAAAAGUAUGCAUAUCCUAUUUCAGCUGCUAGCAUACAAGCUAUCCACAAUGUGAAGGACACAAAGUGUUACAACAUUCAAAUGUAUUAGUUCAACUGAUUAAUUCUAAAGGUUAUGUGUUGAAACACCCAAGCUGUUACAGUAUGGACCUAUCCCAGUGGUUUACUACAUCAUCUUAACUUUCACAUUGGCUGAGAAACUCAUCAAAUGUGUUUUCUGGAAAGAUAGAAUCACACAAUUAUCCACAUAAAAAUAAA